CUUGUGCCGCUGUCCUUCUCCCGUCAUCUUCCUGGUCAACGCAACCAAUUCCACCCAAGCAAUGGCUCCUCUUCUUGCUCUCCUCGUGAGCUCUCUGCUGGCUGCUGGAAGUCUGGCCCAGCCUUUUGAGAAGCUUCGCAAUGUCCCGGAAGGGUGGAAGUUCCUCAACCAGGCUGCUGAUAGCCAGACGCUGAAGCUCCAGAUUGCGCUUCAGCAAGGCGAUGCCGCCGGUUUCGAACAAGCCGUCAUGGACAUGUCCACACCCAGCAACCCCAAGUAUGGCCUUCAUUUCAAGGACCAUGACGAAGUCAAGCGAAUGCUGCUUCCCAGCCAGGAGACCAUCUCUUCCGUCUCUGCUUGGCUACGGGCCGCCGGUAUCCAAGACUACGAGGAAGCUGCCGACUGGGUGUCUUUCAAGACGGAUGUCGGUACCGCCAACAAGCUGUUGGACACCAAGUUUGCUUGGUACAUCAGUAACGAGAAGAAACCUCGCAAGGCACUUCGCACACUCGAAUACUCCGUUCCCGAGGAUGUUGCGCAACACAUCAACUUGGUCCAACCGACCACACGCUUCGCCAACGUCCGCGCCAACCAUGAUACCUACGACGAGAUUGAAAGGUUCGACAUGUCCAUUGCUGCUGCCAACGUCACCGUAAACUGCGAUCUCGGUAUCACCCCUGCGUGUCUGCAGAAGCUUUACAACAUUGACUACAAGGCCGAUGCCAACAGUGGUAGCAAAGUCGCCUUCGCUAGUUACCUCGAGGAGUAUGCUCGUCACGCCGACUUGGCUCUGUUCGAGCGGGACGUGUACCCUGAGGCUGCUGGCCUUGAUUUCAAGGUCAUCCAGUACAACAACGGCGGUGAUGGCCAGAACUCCACCGACGACAGUGGUGAGGCCAAUCUCGACGUGCAAUACAUCGUCGGUACCAGCGCUCCACUCCCCGUCACUGAGUUCAGUGUUGGAGGUCGCGGACCCUGGGUAGCAGACCUCGAUCAGCCCAACGAGUCUGACAGUGCCAAUGAGCCCUAUCUUGAGUUUCUUCAGAGCGUUCUUAAGCUGGACCAAGAGGAACUUCCUCAAGUCAUCUCCACCUCGUACGGCGAGAACGAGCAGAGCGUGCCCAAGUCCUAUGCUCUCUCUGUCUGCAAUCUCUUCGCGCAGCUCAGCUCCCGUGGUGUAUCCAUCAUCUUCUCCUCUGGUGACUCCGGAACCGGUAGCGCUUGCCAAUCCAAUGACGGCAAGAACACCACCAAAUUCCAGCCACAGUACCCUGCAUCGUGCCCUUGGGUAACUUCGGUCGGCUCCACCCGCUACCUGAACGAAACUGCAACUUUCUUCUCUUCUGGCGGCUUUUCCGACUACUGGGAGCGACCUUCGUGGCAAGAAUCCGCCGUCUCGAGCUACCUCGAACAGACUGGCCCACAGCAAUUCAAAUCCUUUUUCAACGCCUCUGGCCGUGGCUUCCCUGACGUUGCAGCUCAAGGUUUUGGUUUCAGAGUGUACGACAAGGGUGUCCUGAAGUCCUACCAAGGAACUUCUGCAUCCGCGCCUGCAUUCGCGGGUAUCGUUGCUCUGCUCAACGAUGCAAGACUUCGCGCCGGUAAACCCUCUCUCGGAUUUUUGAACCCGCUUCUGUACUCUAACCCUGCCGCCCUGAACGACAUUGUCCUCGGUGGAAGCACGGGAUGUGAUGGUAACGCUAGGUUCCACGGCAAGCCCAAUGGGAGCCCUGUGAUCCCUUUUGCCAGCUGGAAUGCGACGGCUGGAUGGGACCCUGUAACUGGCUUGGGUACCCCCAAUUUCCCAAAGCUAUUGAAGGCUGCGCUUCCGGAUAGAUACCGGGCAUAG